GCGCUAGGUGCCGGUCGCUCGUGCAGCACAACUGCACUGGCCGCCGCCGAGCCCCUGGCGACUAGACCACCGCGCUGUGCGGCGUCUCGUCCGUGCCGUGCCCGCGGUCGGCGCACGUUGCUGUUGUCCUGAGACAGCCUCGGUGCUUUGGCUAUAAGGCUUCCCGUCGUCGACGCGCACUUAAGCUCGUGGGGGAUGCCGCGGGGUGCACCAGCUUAGUGUAACAAGACUUUUAAUUAAAAUGUAUACCGUUCCCUCUCUCAUACAAAACCUGCGCCGCGUUCUGCGAAUCGAUAGCAAACUGCGUAGUCUCCGCUCAUGAAUUAUUCGGGAACGAUCGCGUAAAGCGCUGCUCCGAUGGACCGCAAAGAUCGCGUGAGAAGGAAACCAGUACCAUUCGGCUUUCAUAACACCAACACUAUCACACCUGCAGUUAACCAAAAGCGUCGCAAAGUCAAAAACUGUCUUAUUAGGGAGCAUAAGUUUUGAAGUGAUCUUGAUUGAAAGUAAGUCGCAAUGAUAGACGUGCUGAUUUAUCUGUUAAUUAAUUGCGUCUAAAUUUUGCGGAUGAAAUCAAAAUGAGACCACGGAAGAAGUAUACUUCUCUCCUGAACUGUUGUUGUCUCUGCAACAGAAUAGUUUACGUCCUUUUGGUGAUCCUUGCCAACGGUAUCACUUCAAAGAUAUUAGACGACGAAACAGUGAUGGCCUCGGAUGUCCAAGCUGUGGAGGGCGGUGUUGCUAAACUACCCUGUGACGUCGUGCCGCCGCUCGCAGGGGACAGGGUGCACCUCGUCAUAUGGUACAAGGAGGGUGUCACGUCGCCCAUUUACAGCGUGGACGCGCGCGGUAAGCCGGUGGAGCAGGCGAAGCACUGGUCUGAGGAGGCGACGCUGGCGGGGCGCGCCUACUUCCGCUUCCAGGAGCGGCCGGCCCGCCUCACGCUGGAGAGCGUGCGCGACGCCGACUCCGGCACCUACCGCUGCCGCGUUGACUUCCGGCGCUCGCCCACCCGCAACUCCAAGGUCAACCUCAGCGUCAUCAUCCCUCCAGAGCAGCUCAUGAUACUGGACGACAAGGGAUCAAACAUACCGCAUUACAUCCUCGGUCCGUACAACGAGGGCUCCGAUGUCGACAUCACCUGUAUUGCCACUGGAGGGCGCCCGUCGCCGCGCGUCACGUGGUGGCAAGACAACGCACUGCUGGACGACUCGUGGGAGUCUCUGGGCGGGCGGCGCGUGCGCAACACGCUGCACCUGGAGAAGCUGUCGCGGCGUCAGCUGCACGCCGUGCUCACCUGCCAAGCCUCCUCCAGCCCGCUGGCCGCUCCGCUCUCCGGCGCGGUCACCCUCGACCUCAACCUGCGGCCUCUUUGGGUGCGCCUGGUGGGGGAGAACCGGCCGCUGUCUGCGGACAACACAUACCAGCUGUCGUGCGAAGCGGUGGGCACGCGGCCGCAGCCAGUCUUCUCCUGGUGGAAGGCCGGCGUCCAGUUGCGCAACUCGCGCGAGACGACGAGUGCAGACGGGAACACCACUACCAGCACGCUGACUUUCGUCCCUAUCGUGGAAGACAGCGGCAAGAAGGUCACGUGCCGCGCCGGGACGCCACUCAUUCCGGAAAGCACGCUGGAGGACUCCUGGAAGCUCGACAUCUUCCAUGUGCCUAUAGUAACACUGGAGUUGGGAGGAGCUGUCAACGCGAGCUACGUCCGAGAGGGCUCGGAUGUCUACUUCGAGUGCAACAUCAAAUCCAAUCCAUGGAUCUACAGGGUUACCUGGAGGCACAAUGGCCAGCUACUGUAUAACAACGCUAGCGGCGGGACCUUGGUCAGCAACCAGAGCCUGGUUCUGCAGGCCGUCAACCGGGAGCGCACCGGCUUCUACACGUGCGUCGCUAGCAACCAGGAGGGCGACGGCGAGAGCAACCCCGUCUACCUGGACGUCAAAUUCCGUCCUGUGUGCACACCCGGCCAGACGCAGACGUACGGCGUGGCGCGCCAGGAGACGGCGCGCGUGUCCUGCGAGGUGGAGUCGAACCCCGGCGACGGGCUGAGCUUCAGCUGGCGCUUCAACAACUCGGUGGAGGCGGCGGACAUCCCGGCGUCGCUGGUGGCGGUGGAGCGCGUGCGCAGCGCUGCCCUCUAUACGCCGCACAGCGAGCUCGACUACGGCUCGCUGCUCUGCUGGGCCAAGAAUGACGUCGGCGACCAGCAGGUGCCCUGCAUCUUCCACAUCGUGCCCGCAGGGAAACCAGACGACCUGCGGAACUGCAGUAUUGUGAACCAGACGGCUGACUCACUGCACGUGGAAUGCACGGAGGGCUUCGACGGCGGGCUUCCGCAGGAGUUCGUGAUGGAGGUGUACGACGCGGCGUCGCAGGCGCUCGUGGGCAACGUCAGCUCGCGCGCGCCCACGUUCACCGUCAGCGGCUUGCAGCCGGGGCUCGGCUUCGACGUCGUUCUGUUUGCUGCCAACGCAAAAGGCCGCAGCCGCAUCAUCACCCUGCACGCCUAUACGCUGCAGCCUGCAGAGCGGCGAGCAGAGACGCCGCUGCUGCCGGGUGUGACGCCGGUGAGGCCGUCGGCGCAGCAGCAGCAGCCGCCGGCCACGCCGCUCUCCAAGGACAGCGACGAAGGCGGCUGGGGCGGCGGCUCCGCCAACGGGCCCGUCACCGCCGUCGCCGUCUGUGCGCUCGACAAGCAGCGAGCCAAGGCCGACGCCGCUGCGCCGCACGACGAGAACAACCCUGACGUCGUGCCCCACAUUUGUGGUGAGUACUGA